UUUUUUUUUUGGUAAUGCAUGUAAGCACUGGUUUCCAUCGGCGGAGAAGAAAAAUGUCCGUUAAUACAUGUUAUAUUGUUGGACACGCUUCUCUGGCUCUGCAGAUUCGUGUCUGAAAAUGAAGCGUAGCUUGGGUUCCAAAUCCUCGAACAACAGCAGCAGCAGCAGUAACACGAAGGCGAAGAAGAAAAAGACGACGAGCAACCAGAAAACUCUAGGCGUCGCAUGGGGCGCCGCUUCUCUCUCUUCCUCUCGCUCUUCUUUUCGCUCCUCCCCUUUCUCCGAUUUCGGAAGUUACAUGUCAGAGAAGAACCGGAAACUUCAUAAUCAAUUCGAUGCUGAAGCUUCUACUGAUUUUUAUGGCGUUUCUGGUUCUGAGAAUUUAAUUUUUCAGGGGGUUUCGAUCUUUGUGGAUGGUUUCACCGUUCCCUCCAGUCAGGAAUUACGAGGUUACAUGUUGAAAUAUGGGGGAAGAUUCGAGAACUACUUUUCUAGACGCUCCGUAACACAUAUCAUCUGUAGCAAUCUUCCUGAUAGUAAAAUCAAGAAUCUGAGGUCAUUCAGCAGAGGCCUACCUGUGGUGAAACCCACAUGGAUAUUGGACUCCAUAUCUGCCAAAAGACUUCUGAGCUGGGUUCCUUACCAGCUAGAUCAACUGACUGAUGCCCAACCAAAGUUGUCUGCAUUUUUUGCUCCAAAAAGCCAUUCGGUUCCUGAGGUGGUUUCGACGGAUAUGACUUGUCAGCCAACAAGUAGAUUUUGUGAUAUACGCAUGAAUGAGGCUGAAGUUGCCAAUUUAUUCAGAGCAGCAAAGUUCGGAGAAGGAAGAGAACAUGAAAAUGAUGAAACUGAUGGUGUGUACCUUGAGAUCACUACUCGAGAAAGGAUGGACCCUGCAAUAUCUGGUGAUAGGAAAUCUUCUGAAUUAAAUUCAGAAGAGCUAGAUUAUUGUGGCAUAGAAGAAAAAGAGGUUAAUAGUGAUUUCCCAUCAUGCAGUGAGCACCCUCCUGCUUCCACCAACAUAUCUUUCUGUGAGAACGAUACUAAUGAUGACAUAUCUACUGCAACUACUGCUGUUUGCUCUAAAAGGCGCCACUCAACUCUUGAGGAUCCCAAUUUUGUGGAGAACUACUUUAAGAGUUCGAGACUGCAUUUUAUUGGUACCUGGAGAAAAAGAUACCGUAAACGAUUCCACGGCUCUUCUGAUGGGCUCAAAAGCACAGAUUCUGGACAUAACGCAGUUGGAAGCCCCAAAAAGACAGCUUUUAUCCACAUUGACUUAGAUUGCUUCUUUGUGUCAGUUGUAAUCAAGAACUGUCCUGAACUACAGGACAAGCCAGUAGCAGUGUGUCAUUCAGAUAAUCCAAAAGGGACUGCUGAAAUAUCCUCUGCGAAUUAUCCAGCGCGGGCUUAUGGAGUAAAAGCAGGAAUGUUUGUUAGAAAUGCAAAAGACCUUUGUCCUCAGCUUAUCAUUGUUCCAUACAACUUUGAAGCUUAUGAAGAGGUGGCUGAUCACUUUUAUGACAUCUUACAUAAGCAUUGUCGAAAAGUUCAGGCGAUAAGCUGUGAUGAAGCAUUUUUAGAUGUCUCGGACUUGGAUGAUGUCGAUCCUGAGAUUUUAGCCUCAAUGAUAAGAAAAGAAGUCUUUGAGACUACUGGAUGCAGUGCGAGCGCAGGGAUAGGCAGUACUAUGCUAAUGGCUCGUCUUGCUACUAGAACUGCCAAACCAGCUGGUCAAUUUCACAUUCCUUCUGAUAAGGUGGAUGAGUACUUGGAUCAACUUCCUGUUGAUGUACUUCCUGGUGUAGGUUAUGUCUUGAAGGAAAAGCUAAAGAAACAUAAUAUCCAGACCUGCAGCCAAUUACGUUUGGUUUCCAAGGAUUCUCUUCAGAAGGAUUUUGGAAUGAAAACUGGCGAGAUGCUGUGGAGCUAUAGUAGAGGACUAGAUCAUCGGUCAGUUAGGACAGUUCAGGAGAACAAGUCUAUAGGUGCUGACGUGAAUUGGGGCGUACGGUUUAGGAAUCAGCAAGAUAUUCAACACUUCCUUCAAUGCCUUUGCAAGGAGGUCUCUUUGCGUUUGCAAGGAUGUGAAAUGCUUGGACGCACUUUCACACUUAAGAUAAAAAAGAGGAGAAAAGAUGCUGCAGAACCUGCAAAGUACAUGGGUUGUGGGGACUGUGACAAUCUGAGCCGCUCCAUCACGGUUCCUGUUGCUACCGAUGAUGUAGAAGUACUUCAGAGGAUAUCAAAGAAGUUGUUUGGGUCAUUUUUCUUGGAUGUUAAGGAGAUUCGUGGGGUCGGGCUUCAAGUUUCGAAGCUUGAAAGUGUAGAUUCCUCUAAAAGAGGUUCAACGAGGACUCUGGAAUCAUACCUCAGCUUUGUUUCUGCCCAAACUGAACAACGUGUUAACAGUAGAGCUGCUAAAGUUGGAGGUAGCUCAGCAGAUUGUGAGAGACAUGUGACUGCUGAUGAUACUCGAGUAGGAGAAUCUGAUCGAGCAGAAUCCUCAAUUCAGACGAGUGAAAUCCAUUCAUUUAGUGAGAAUCAGGCUUCAUCUGUUCCACCAUUGUGUCACCUCGACAUGGAAGUUCUAGAGAGUCUUCCUUCGGAAGUUGUGGCAGAAUUAGAUCAAACCUAUGGUGGGAAAUUAGUCGGGUUGAUUGAGAAAAGAAGAGGAAAAGGGAAAACGAAAAGCAAUUCUUCACUCGUUUCACUAGAUGAUGUCAAGAGUGCAAACUCUCUACCAUCUAAGAUGUGCAGCCUAAGUACACACGAAGAAGAGGAAUGUGAAGAACCUCGGCAGGGAAUCUCUAGUGAACCCACUAUCGAAAUGGCUGAUUUAAUGCCUUUAUCAUUUAGUCAAGUGGACAUAUCUGUUUUACAAGAACUACCUGAAGAUUUGAGAGCUGGUUUACUGGGUGCACUUCCUGCCCACAGGAAGCAACACUCACCUUCAGAUACUCCUACCAUGGAGACCGAACAUGAUAAGGAGCCAGUAGAAGUGGGUGAGGCACAGAACGAGAUUGGAUUCUCGGAUAAGAAUCUCUGGAUUGGGAAUCCUCCUAUCUGGGUCGAGAAAUUCAAAGUUAGUAGUCAUCAUAUAUUGAAGAAUGUUUCAGAAAUGUAUUGCAAGUUAGUGGUUCAGUCAAGACCAAAAUUAUCAUCCAUCCUGCAGCAUGCUAUUUUCUCAAUCUCAAGUUCAUAUGACUCAAGUGCCAAUGAUCUGGAGGAAGCUUUGUACAAUGUCUGUGAACUUCUGAGGCAGUAUAUUAAGCUCAAGAUAGAAGGAGAUAUCGAGGAGAUAUAUCUUUGCUUCCGCCUUUUGAAAAGGCUAGCUUUGAGGUGCCAAUUUUUCCUGCAAGUCUACGAGAUUGUCUCUCCUUUUCUUCAGGCUUGUAUUGGUGAAAACUAUGGUGGAAACUUGAAUAUAUCUUGAAGGAGAUAUUUCUUCAGCAACAACGAUGUUACUAUGAUUUACUCGGCAGUUUGGUUGGGAUCCUGAAGAGCUGGAUGGGUUGAACUGGACCUGGUGGUUUGAUCUUACCGGAAAACGGGUCUACAUUAAGUGGAAGAAGAGAUUCUUACGAUACCCGUAGAGGCGAGAAUGGACAGGUUUAUGAACGGUGAAUGCAGAGGAGAAAGCAUGUGGAAUUCUGCCCGGCAGGGGAGCAUUUUCGACAAUCACAUUCUUGCAUUAGAAGCCUACAGCAGUACAGGAAGUCGCAGAAAAUGGCUUCAACUUCAAGAUCGCUUUCAUGACAGCAAGAUUUGUCGGGAUAAAGAGAUUCAGAGGUCAGGGGAGCAGAUUCAGAAGCCACUGCUGAAGCCUGCGGCCUUGUCUUUUAGCUCAUCUCAUCAUGGUUGUCUUGUCUGGGUGUUAAAAAAACAAAACCACUGUUGUGUGAGGGAAUGACCCAUUUUCAUGACCGACCCUCGUAAAUGAAAAUGAUGAAUACAACACGUUGAUUUUUGUU